AUCCCCAUUCCUUUCCUCCCAGCUCUGCUACUUGAGAUCCCCGUCAGGAUGGAGCGGUGGUCAGGUCGUGUGGCCCUGGUGACUGGUGCCAGCAUGGGGAUCGGUGCCAGCAUGGCCAGGAGGCUGGUGGCUGAGGGCAUGAAGGUGGUGGGAGCAGCUCGUAGCAUUGACAAACUACAGGCCAUGGCAGACGAACUCAAGGGCCAACGAGGCACGUUUAUCCCUAUCAAGUGCGACAUCACCAAGGACGAGGAGGUGCUGGCCAUGUUCGCCAAGAUCAAGAAGGACCUCGGAGGCGUGGACGUGUGUAUCAACAAUGCAGGAUUCACCCACAACAAGUCCCUGCUGGAGGGCAGCCCCAAGGAGUGGCGUGAGAUGAUGGAUCUCAACGUUGUGGCUCUGUGCUUAUGCACGCGCGAGAGUAUUGCUUCCAUGCGAGAACGCGGCGUUGACGAUGGACACAUCAUCCACAUCAACAGCUUGUGCGGCCAUUACAUCUACACCAAUGCAUCAUACCUUCACUUCUACACCGCCACCAAGUUUGCCGUCACCGCACUCACUGAGGGACUGCGGCAGGAGCUGAGAGAAGCUAACUCCAACAUCAGGAUAUCCGCCAUCAGUCCAGGUUGGGUGAAGACUGACAUAGUUGUGAACUGUCAUUUGGCAGAGGAUGCAGAGGCGGCUAAGAAGUUCUACGAGGAACAUGGAAGCGUGGAGGCAGACGACAUCACCGCCACUCUCGUCCACGUCCUCUCUGCCCCGCCCAAUGUUCAGAUCCAUGAUGUGCUGAUUCGCAGUGUAAAACAAGAUACUCUGCUACUUGAGACCCCCGUCAGGAUGGAGCGGUGGUCAGGUCGUGUGGCCCUGGUGACUGGUGCCAGCAUGGGGAUCGGUGCCAGCGUGGCCAGGAGGCUGGUGGCUGAGGGCAUGAAGGUGGUGGGAGCAGCUCGUAGCAUUGACAAACUACAGGCCUUGGCAGACGAACUCAAGGGCCAACGAGGCAAGUUUAUCCCCAUCAAGUGUGACAUCACCAAGGACGAGGAGGUGCUGGCCAUGUUCGCCAAGAUCAAGGUGGACCUCGGAGGUGUGGACGUGUGUAUCAACAAUGCAGGAUUCGCCCACAACAAGAGACUGCUCGUGUUUCUCACCCCCUUGCUCUCCUGCGGCUUUACAGAGGGGAGCCCCAAGGAGUGGCGCGAGAUGAUGGAUCUCAACGUUGUGGCUCUGUGCUUAUGUACGCGUGAGAGUAUUGCUUCCAUGCGAGAACGCGGCGUUGACGAUGGACACAUCAUCCACAUCAGCAGCGAGGACGGUCAUUAUGUCCCCCCGGACAUUGGUUUUCACUUCUACUCCGCCACCAAGUUCGCCGUAAAAGCACUCACUGAGGGACUGCGGCAGGAGCUGAGGGAAGCGAACUCCAACAUCCGGAUAUCUUGCUACCUCGCCCUCAGCGGCGGCACCACACAGCAUUCUCUACUACUUGAGACCCCCGUCAGGAUGGAGCGGUGGUCAGGUCGUGUGGCCCUGGUGACUGGUGCCAGCAUGGGGAUCGGUGCCAGCGUGGCCAGGAGGCUGGUGGCUGAGGGCAUGAAGGUGGUGGGAGCAGAUCGUAGGAUUGACAAACUACAGGCCUUGACAGACGAACUCAAGGGCCAACGAGGCACGUUUAUCCCCAUAAAGUGUGACCUCACCAAGGACGAGGAGGUGCUGGCCAUGUUCACCAAGAUCAAGAAGGACCUCGGAGGUGUGGACGUGUGUAUCAACAAUGCAGGAUUCACCCACAACAAGUCCCUGCUGGACGGGAGCCCCAAGGAGUGGCGCGAGAUGAUGGAUCUCAACGUUGUGGCUCUGUGCUUAUGUACGCGCGAGAGUAUUGCUUCCAUGCGAGAACGCGGGGCUGACGAUGGGUACAUUAUCCACAUCAGCAGGAAAUGUCCUGAAUCCUGGAUCGGCUAUGGUGAUGUUAGCUUGGCCAGUUAUGAGGUACCCCCCCAAAAAGAGCUCCGCUUCUACUCCGCCACCAAGUUCGCCGUGAGAGCACUCACUGAGGGACUGCGACAGGAGCUGAGGGAAUCUAACUCCAACAUCAGGAUAUCCGCCAUCAGUCCUGGUGUGGUGGAGACUGAAUUUGCUGUGAAUUGCCAUUUGGUAGAGGAUGCAAGUGCAGCUAAGAAGUAUUACGAGGAGCUGGGGUGCUUGAGUCCAGAGGACAUCACCGCCACUCUUGUCCACUUGCUCUCUGCCCCUCCCCAUGUUCAGGUUAGUUUACUGUUAGUUAUUAUUCAACGCGUCAUUAUGAACAUUACAUCAGUAUUGAAGGGCUAACCUACCAUUUACGGAGGGUCAAGUUGCUACUUGAGUGAGGAUGUUUGGUUAAGUUUGCUAACUUGCUAUUUCUUGGAUUGUUAUUAUUAUCAUCAGUAACAGCACUGUUACCAGGAGAUCUUUUAAUGACAUAAGAAAAAAAAUCAUAUGCGUAGAAUUAAUAUUUUGGGGUUUCUACAGUACCCAAACUACCUUCAUAAUCUCUCUCUCUCUCUCUCUCUCUCUCUCUCUCUCUCUCUCUCUC